AUGGAUUUCGUCGCCCAAAUCGUGAUCUGGGGGACUACCCUUAUUAUCUCCCACUUGCUGUGGAAUUACUGCCGGUCUCCGUUGAAGUCAUUUCCAGGGCCAUUCCGUGCCAAAUUCACCAAUGUAUGGCGCUUUCAGGAUGUUUUUAAGGGUCGCUGUGAAAUCACCCAUAUUGAGCUUCACCGAAAACAUGGACUUGCAGUCUGCAUGGGCCCCAACGUGUUAAGUCUCUCUGAUCCUAAGCUGAUCAACCAAAUAUAUUCUACUAAGGAUCCAUGGCUCAAAAGUGACAUGUACAUUGUAAACGACACCUUGGUUUCCGGGGUUCGUGUCAAAAACCUUUUCUCCUUUCAGGAUGAGCAAGUUCAUGCCAAGUACAAUCGGCCUGUCAAGAAUCUGUAUUCCAUGACCAGAGUCCAAGAUAUGGAGCCUGGCGUCGACAUGACCAUCAAUCUUCUACUUGAAAAGCUGCACGAAAGAUUUAUAUCAACAGGCAAUACCUGCGAGAUGAGCAAGUAUAUCAACUACUUCGCAUGGGAUGCCAUGAGCCAAAUCUCUUAUUCUAAGAACCUGGGGAUGCUGGAGGCGGGGAGCGAUCGCUUCGGGAUCUUGGAAGUUUCCAACAAAGCCUUGGACUAUUUCGCCUCGGUUUGCCAGAUGCCAACACUGGAUCUUUUCCUAGACAAGAACCCCAUUCAUCGCGUGGGACCUCCGAGUUUUGGAUGGGUCGUAAAAUUCAGCCAAGAACAGACCGAAAAGCGUCUGACAGAGGGGAAGCCGUCACAAAAGAACUAUAUAGACUUCCUAGAUCAUUAUAUCGAGGCCAAAAACAAAAUGCCGGAUAUAGUGAAUGAUUACAUCGUCCAGAUGUACCUAUACUCUAAUAUCGCGGCUGGCAGCGACACGACUGCAAGUACCAUGGCCGGAGCGGUCUACUACAUCUUGAAAAACCGGUCUGUGUACAACCGUCUGCGGGAGGAACUUCGCGGUGCUGGUUUAUCUACGCCGGCACAGUGGAAGGAGAUCCGAAGUCUGACUUAUCUGGACGCCGUCAUGCGCGAGGCCAUGCGCAUCCAUCCUGGGAUCGGGCUCUUGAUUGAGAGGGUCGUUCCCAAGGGUGGAUUCAUGCUCCCUGACGGACGGUUUGUUCCCGAGGGGACCAUCGUUGGCAUGAAUCCGUGGGUUAUUAACCGCAACGAGUCCGUCUUUGGGGCCGAGCCUGAUUCGUUCAAGCCUGAGCGGUGGCUGCCGGUAGAGGGUGAGACUGACGAGGCAUAUCAGGCUAGAUUUUCGAAGAUGAAAGGUACAGACUUCACCUUUGGUGCAGGAACAAGAGCAUGUCUGGGGAAACAUAUUUCCCAGUUAGAGAGCUAUAAGUUUGUGGCCACAUUAUUUGCUAAUUUUGAUGUGGAGCUCGCCAAUCCUGAUUCUGAAUGGAAAGUAACCAAUUCCUGGUUUGUGAGACAGGAGAAUAUUCCAGUUGUCAUCAAGGAAAGGAAGGUUUAA